AUGGGGCGGACGGGCCCCCCAGGUGACCCCGGCCCUGCUGGCAUCCCCGGUGUCCCCACCAUCGUCCUCUGGAGGAACUCCAGGGAGGACUGGCAGUCGUUCACGGGCCUCCAGGGCUUCCAGGGUGACCGAGGGCUGGCUGGGGACAAGGGAGAAGAGGGUUUCUUGGGAGCCCCUGGACCAGCUGGGGACAAAGGAGAGAAGGGAGUGAAGGGGAUGGCGGGGCUGAAGGGGGUCAUGGGCUUCCAGGGCCCUGCAGGGCCAGAGGGCCAGCCUGGCCAGCCGGGACCCGUGGGAUGCCGAGGCAUCAAUGGCUCUCAGGGGGAAAUGGGUCCUCCUGGGAUGCCCGGCCCCCGCGGCCCCAAGGGUCCCCAGGGCUUGCAGGGCAGACGUGGCCCCCCUGGCCCCAGGGGCUCUCAGGGUUUUCUUGGCCUGCCAGGUGCAAAAGGCCCCCAAGGAGAGCGGGGCUGCCGAGGUCCGGGUGGAGCCAAGGGAGAUUUGGGAGCCAGAGGAGGCAAGGGCCCACGAGGAGCACAGGGAGCAAAAGGCCCCCCAGGAGCCCGGGGCCAGGGGGGCUUGCAGGGCUUCCCUGGCCCCCGAGGGGCAGCAGGGCCACGGGGACCAGACGGAGAAGAAGGUCAGAUUGGCCCUGCAGGGCUGAACAGCAGCGAGGGACCCAAGGGAUGCCAAGGACCUGAUGGCCCCAAGGGAAGCCCAGGACCCCGGGGAGCCCGGGGCCGUGUGGGGCAGCGUGGGCUGGUUGGAGUCCCUGGACUGCCUGGCUCGCGUGGCGUGCCAGGAGCAGAGGGCACAGAAGGAAAGCCUGGUACACAGGGCCACCCAGGGAUCUUGGGCAGCCCAGGCAGGAGGGGACCACUGGGAUUUGCUGGUUUGCCAGGGGGCCGUGGGCAUGCUGGAACUCCUGGAUCCAUAGGCUCUUCAGGAAAGCCUGGACCUGAUGGAGACCCGGGUUCCUUGGGCCCAAAGGGGCUGCCUGGGAAGCCUGGUCUGGAGGGGCCACAAGGACCUGUGGGCACCUAUGGCUAUCCAGGACCUGCUGGAGACCGCGGGAGGUUGGGACGCAGGGGAGACAAGGGAGAAAGGGGAGCUCAAGGCCCACCAGGAUUUCCAGGAAAAGCUGGUCCAAAGGCCCUGCCAGGUCCCCCUGGUCCUCGUGGUGCUCCUGGCUCCCAGGGCAGAACAGGUGACCCAGGACCUCGAGGGCUCCCAGGGCUGCCUGGUGUUCCUGGCACGAGAGGGCAGGAUGGCAUUCCCGGGAAGCCUGGCUUGGGUGGAGAAAGAGGAGCUCCUGGAGCAGCUGGUGCUGCUGGCCCGGCCGGGUACCCGGGCCGGGAAGGUCCACAUGGAUACAAAGGGCCUGCAGGGAUGAGAGGAGAGAAGGGUGAGGUGGGAGAUCCCGGGGGAGCCGGAGUCCGUGGGCUGGAUGGGGAGCAGGGACCACCAGGACCACCAGGAGCAGAGGGUCAGCGGGGGCCCAAGGGUGAGCAGGGAGAGGCAGGAACCCGUGGAGCUCCAGGCAUCAGAGGGAGCCCUGGGGAGCCAGGGGACGAGGGGACAGAGGGGCCACCGGGACGGCCUGGGAUGCAAGGCAAGGAGGGUGACACUGGUGACAUUGGAGACCCGGGUGAGCCAGGACUGCGGGGACGGAAGCAGGGCAAUGCUGGCCCCAGGGGCCUUCCUGGAAUUCCUGGUCCAGGAGCUGCCAUGGGGGAAAUUGGAGGGAAAGGCCAGAAGGGAGAGAAGGGCCGAGAAGGUUUGCUGGGCCAGGGCGGUGUCACCGGAGCUGCAGGACCUGCUGGAGCCAGAGGAUGGUUUGGGGGGACAGGACUGCGGGGUCCUCCUGGGCUCGAUGGUCCCGAGGGACAGAAGGGAGAUCCAGGACCACGAGGUGUGGAUGGACCUGCUGGGGCUGCAGGAUUCGAGGGACUGGCUGGAGAUGAUGGAGCAAAGGGAGAUAGUGGCAAGCCCGGCCCAGUGGGCUCGCAGGGGGCUCAGGGGCUGGCAGGUGCCCCUGGGCUCCGGGGCUACACCGGGCAUGAGGGAGCCAGAGGAGUGACGGGCACCAAGGGCCAGCCAGGCCGGCAGGGGACUCUCGGGCCACCGGGUGAAGCUGGAGUCACUGGUCUGAGUGGCACCGAGGGCCUGGUGGGUGCAAAAGGGGAGCCAGGCAAGCCAGGAAAACCAGGACAAAUGGGGUCUCCUGGACAAGCUGGUCCUAAAGGAUGGAAAGGCCGCAAAGGAGAUAAGGGUGACCCAGGGCAGGAAGGGGACCCAGGGGUCCCAGGAGAAGCUGGCAGACGGGGCAAGCGAGGCAAGAUGGGCCAGCAGCCCCCACGGGGUCCCUGGGGACACAAGGGCUACCCAGGUGACAAAGGACUUCCAGGACCCCAAGGCCCCCAGGGACCCUAUGGCAUCCCGGGGCUGAAGGGCAUCAAAGGAGACCCUGGACCCAAAGGACACAAGGGCGAGAAGGGCAGCAAGGGUGACCUUGGCCAGCAAGGGGACGAUGGCUUCAAGGGCAAGCCAGGACCCCACGGUAUUCCUGGGAGGCCAGGACCCAAGGGAAAGCAGGGUGACACUGGACCCCCUGGCCCACGGGGACACCCUGGAAUCCCCGGGACACCGGGCUUGUCUGGACCCAAAGGGCUCAGAGGCUUCCCGGGCCUGCCAGGCCCCAGGGGCACACCGGGAAUGCCGGGUCUGGCUGGCCCCCCUGGUCCCAGCGGGCCUGCACUGGUGCUGUCCCAGGAGGAGCUGCAGCACCUCAUUUAUUCCUCCAACCACCUGAAUUACACCGUGGUCUGGGCUCUGCUGGACACCCUGAGCCGGGAGCUCCAAGCCCUCGUGGAGCAUCCCAAUGGCACCAAAACCAACCCGGCCACCACCUGCAAGGAGCUGCUGCUGGCCCACCCCGGCCUGCCCGACGGGCAAUACUACAUCGACCCCAACCAGGGCAGCCCCCAGGAUGCACUGCUGGCCUUCUGCAACUUCACAGCUGGGGGGGAGACCUGCAUAGCCCCUGUCCACAACCAGGUCCCCAUCAAGGCUUGGCUGAGCACCUACAGCUCUGAGAACACCUUUGAGUGGUUCAGCACCCUGCCCGGGGGCUUCCUGCUGGAAUACUCGGGGGCCAGCCCGGUGCAGCUGCGCUUCCUGCGCCUGCACAGCCAGCGCGCCGCGCAGAAGGUCUCGUACUCCUGCAGAGCGACCCCCGAGCGCGGCCGGCCCCAGCCCCGCAAGGAAAUCCGCUUCCUGGCCGACUCCCGCGAUCACAGCUAUGCUGCCAGCCUGCAGGGCUGCCUGCUGGACAACGAGUCCUCCAUCACCGACACCAUCUUCCAGUUCAGCACGGAGGAGCUGUGGCUGCUGCCCCUGCGGGACCUGGCUGUCUUCCACAACGGCGACACCUCGCACCAGUUUGGUUUCACAGUCGGACCAGUUUGCUUCAGCUGAAAGUGGUGCCACCCAAACCGAGCCAGCCGGUUCUGUCCCCACCCAGGAGCCAUCCCAAUGGGGACAAGUGGGUGCUGGGGGUGGUACCUGCCCCACAAAGCUGCUGGUUCUCU